AUGGUGAUCGGUUUUAUUUGGUCCAUUAUGAUGCGGCAGAAUCGGCAGCACUACGCGUGGUUGUGGAGAGAGCAGGACUUUUUCCGGCCACAGAUGUGGGCUUCUGCACUGCUAGUGACCCUGAAUAUUUUACGCAUUGGUCAAAGUGGACACUAUGGUCUCGGGGCACAAACAAAAUUUAGACACAACGUUUUGACCGAUGCGGCAAUAGUGGUGAUGAUCGUACUGCUUGGAGCAUAUCUCUUUACUUUUGCCCAUAUCCUGGUAGUGUCUGCAGGCGGACUACAAGCUGCCGGUUACGAUUUUCAGAAGUUUGCUGCUCUUCGUGAGUCGCUCACGCAUUUUAUUCAGUGA